AUGGCCUUAAACAAGCUCCAAGAUCUUGGUUUGAAGUGUUCUUUGCAUCAUCGUGGUUUUGUCAACUCCAUAGCAGAUUCUUCCUUAUUCAUUUUAAGAAAUUCAAACGUACAUGUUCUUUUUCUUGUGUACGUUGAUGAUAUAAUCAUUACUGGGUCCAAUGUUAGCUAUAUUGAGGAGUUAAACAAAGGAUUAAACUCAGAAUUUUCUCUAAAAGAUCUUGGAGCUCUUCAUUAUUUCUUAGGAAUUGAAGCUCAUCGUAAUUCUACUGGUUUAAUCUUAUCUCAAGCUAAGUAUAUUCAAGAUUUGCUAACAAAGACCAGAAUUACUGAAGCCAAGAGUGUUCCAACUCCAAUGCAGACAGGUCAUCAAUUGUCUGCUCAUGAAGGGGAUCUUUUAACUAAUCCAGAAGAAUAUCGAAGUGUUGUGGGAGCUCUUCAGUAUUUGACUAUCACACGUCCAGAAAUCACUUUCUCUGUGAACAAGCUUUGUCAAUUUGUUCAUUCUCCCACAACAAGCCACUGGAAUGCAUGCAAGAGACUUCUUCGUUAUCUAAAUGAUACAAUUCACUAUGGAUUACACUUCAAGGUUCCUGACAUGACCAAGCUGGUUUUUCAUGCUUUUACUGAUAGUAAUUGGGCAAGCUGUCCUGAUGAUAGAAGAUCUUGCAGUGGCUACUGUGUACUCUUAAGUCCUAAUUUGAUUUCGUGGAGUGCCAAAAAACAACCUGUUGUUGUUAGAUAG